CAUCAGUGAUCAAAUAAGCUUCCGCUAUGGCACUAUAGUCCAAAUUUCUAUUCAAACGUCAAGAAUUAUCGAAAAAAUUAUACAUAUUUUGUAAAACAUUCCGUGUUAAUAGAUUCAUGAAAAAGUGCACGAUUUGCUGUAGUCUGAGAUUAUAAUUAUUGGAAACAGUCACAUUGGCGGAUAGAUACCAAUGUUUAAUUGAGCGUACUCAGUCCAGAGUAGUCCGCCAUUUCUCCUGAUCGAGGAAGAAUUUGUUGGAUUUUGGUUCCAACGGUUUUCGACCUUUUUGGGCCCAAUUUUCUCCGUCAAAUUCUCUCCUCCACUAAAAUAUCCACCUGCAGACCAUGGCGGAUAAGGACGAACUGGUGCAGCGGGCCAAGCUGGCGGAGCAGGCCGAACGUUACGAUGACAUGGCCCAGGCGAUGAAGUCGGUGACCGAAAUUACGGACUCAGUGCUCAGCAACGAGGAGAGGAACCUGCUGUCAGUGGCCUACAAGAACGUCGUGGGCGCCCGGCGGUCAUCCUGGAGGGUCAUCAGUUCCAUCGAGGGGAAGACCGAAGGGUCCGAAAACAAACUCAAGAUGGCCAAGGAGUACCGUGCAAAGGUGGAGGCAGAGCUUGAGGAGAUAUGUCAGGAUGUACUGGGCCUGCUUGACAAACACCUGAUUCCCAGGGCUGACUCGGCAGAGAGCAAAGUUUUCUAUCUGAAGAUGAAGGGAGACUACUACCGGUAUCUGGCAGAAGUUGCCUCCGGAACGAAAAGAGAUGAUGUAGUAAAGGAUUCGAAGUCAGCAUACGAGGAUGCUGAAAACGCAGCAAGUGAGUUGAGUUCGACACACCCCAUCCGACUUGGCCUGGCGUUAAACUUUUCUGUUUUCUUCUAUGAGAUCGUAGAGAACCCUCAACAAGCCUGCAAAUUGGCCAAAAAGGCAUUCGAUGAUGCAAUUGCAGAGCUGGACACGUUGAAUGAAGAUUCGUACAAAGACAGCACUCUUAUCAUGCAGCUGCUCAGAGACAACCUCACGCUGUGGACGUCCGACGCCUCAGGUGACGACGACCGCGGAGAGGAACAGCAGGAACAGCAGUAGAACAGCGUCCACGGAGACCGUCAGCACCUACCACUAGUAUAUUAUCUUGAGAAUUCCACCCUAGCUAAAUUGAACAAUAAAAACAUUAAGACGUCAUUUUUUUCAUGAAAAAAAACACCAUCCCCAUUGUGUGAGUAGUAGCAGUAGUAGCAUUGAUUCUAGUCGUGGCUUGGCCAAGUGAAGAAGAAUAAAUAGUAAACGUUCAUGGUUAUCAUAUUCUGGUGUAACGGGGGUGAAAAGGGGUAUAAACUAAUUGUCAUUGUGCUGAGUAUUUGCGAACUUUGAUUAGGUUGCUCUAUGUUCGUUCGUUACUUAAACCAUUUGUGAGUCCGUUGUCUUUGGGGGAAUUACAAAGGUAUAUCAGUUGUGCUUCGCCAGGGAAAAUGUAGACGUAGAUUUGCAACAGGAAGAAAUGUUCAAAUGAAACUGUCGUAGCCAAAAAAAAAUGUCUUGAAAAAAAAAAAAGAAAUUAGUAAGUAAGUACUUGGAUGUAUGUAUUUCCUUUGCCGGAAUGGAAGGAUUCGCUGUUUUUUUUUUUCAUUCUCGGUAGUUCGGCGGGGUGCGGUACGUAAAAAAGUCAGCCGCUCACCUAUAGAAAUGGUGGUAGAGUCGAGUCACUUUAAUUUGUUGGUUUGAUUGUUGUUGUAGACUUGUAGCGCAAUGGAUCCAUGUUUCCAAAUGGAGCUCCUCCUACUGGCUUUGACCCGCAUUGCACUCAGCUCACUUCGCCACUCUUCGCUGUGUUGUGGGGUUGCUGUGACAAUUAGAUUAUCAAUAAAAAUAAAAUCCAACCCAAAAAAAAGACGUACAUGAAAUGCAAAAGUACCAAGGACCAUUGCAAAACGGUUGAUCUUGUUUUCAUCACUCUCCUGCUUGCAUGCCUUCCCAUUUUAUAACUGGCCUUGUACUGUGAAGUAGAAGUAAAGAGAUAUCACUGAAUGUAUCCUUCAGCCUGGCUUUGUGUGAUUCUAUCUAAUGUGUAGUGUGUGUACAUGUCUUCUCUCAGGUGUAGCAGACAAAUCGGUACCCCACCCAAUAGCUACGCAAAUAAUUUUACCUUAACAGCUCUCCUUUGUGUGAUUUUAAGAAUAAAGAAAGCUACCCAAACAAUUUUACGGAGCUAUUCAACCAGAUGAUUGCUUAAAAAUUGGGCAUUUGUCUGCAAAAUUUAAGAUGGCCAGUAAAUGGGAGAGACAAGCUAAGAAAAAGGACCCUCCAACAAAUUCCCAUUAGUUUACUUGGUAACAAAAACCAAAGGAAUUGUAACAAAGCAUGAAGAAAGAAACAGCUAUUCUUUUCAUGGGAACCCCAGAUGAUUUUAAAUGGUUUGCCUUCCAGUGUAUUUCUAAUGGUUUCUAUAAUUGGGUGUAAUUUGUGGUGAAUUCUGUACACGUUGAACUUGACCGUACAUCCAUAUACACCUGAGAGGAGUGUGUACACGCUGGUUAGAAUGGAUAUGCUUCUCAUAAAAGUGAUCUCUGCAAAGAAA